AUGCCUCUGACGGUUCAAGUCAAGGACCCCUCGAUUUCCACGGUGGCCAAUGUUCGUGUGGUCAACGAUCCUACCAUCUUCGUCACCGACAGUGUCAGCUUAUCGUUUGAGCUUUUCGUCCGGUUGUUCCCCAGCACGCAGAAUGAUGGGCCCAUUGACAAAGAUGAGCCUAAGUUUGUGCUCAUCAAGUUCAUUGGGGUGCCAGACUACUUCAACGAAUUCGUUGUCUACAGAGUCACCUCGAUCGAUAAUGAUUGUCCAACUUCAUCCUCGGUCACCAUCACCAACCACUCCAACUUAGUCAAGUUCGGCAACAACAUCACGGUCAACGGCUGUGUGAUCCAGUCGAUUGAUCUAGAGUCAAUUCCACUGAUCUCAAAGGCGUAUAUUGAGGUGCCAGAGGGGAUCUUUCACAUUCUACAAAAUGGAUCUUCGCAAAUGGUGAAAGAUCGCUUUGUCGAAGAAUGGACCGCUAGCAAUGCUGCUGUUAUAUCGACCAAUUGCUCUGUUAGAGCUCUCAAUGGUACUGUCAAACUUUGCGAACCUUACUUCCAGGGGAGAGUAGAUGCCUCUACAGAGCUUGUGUUCGUUAAAAAACCACAUCAGAGUACUCAGGAUCCCGCAGACGUUGAUUCCGAUGAAACUCUGGACGAAGAAAUUGACUUUGACGUGUCCCAAUACCUUUCCAGAAGCAUGCAUUUGAAUGAAGAUGAGGCGUUCAAGAAGUACCCUUUGGCUGUUCGUCCGUUACCACAACCAAUCUCUAUAAAUGACCUCCCGCCUUUUUUUGCCAGGGAAGAUUACGACCGUUACGCGUACCUUAGUACAGAAGAUCUUUCCAGAGUUGGUUUUCCUCUACUCAGUGGCGAUUUAGCAUCGCUAUGUGUUGGUGAUCAAGAGGUCACAAUCAAAAUAUUCACAGUCUUGGAGCCGAACAAGUCCUUCCAAGCAGGAACGAUCUACCUAUCACCUUUACUUUUGGUGAAUCUUGAUGUUGAUGAGAGUUCCGAAGUUCAUUUGAAGCCAUUAAAAACCAAAAAUAAUACCUUCACCGACGCAUUUCCUGUCGCCAAAACAGCCACCAUUGCGAGGAUUGCGUCGCCAAUCACUACCGAUAGGACUUACCAACAAAGUUUUCUUUCAGAGCUCAAGCAUACUUUUCACUCUCGGGUGAAGAUUGUUCGUCAGGGUGACGUCAUACCUGUUUGCAUCGAUACCGUCCUUGCCAAAACCAUCUUCGAUGUUUCCUCGCUACAGCAAAAUCAGGAUGGCACAAAUGAGGAAGACAAGCUGAGUAUUUCAAAUGUGCCGCUUAAGGGAAAUCCUGACGCCAUUGCUUGGUUCAAGGUACUUGAAUUGAGUGGCGCUGAAGAUGAAGAUGCCCAGGGCCAAUUCCGCAUAGAUCCAAACCAAACUGCACUUACAUCGUCGGGUGUGGAAUUUGUGAGAGCUCCAAAAGAUGCAUUCAACAACUUCCUGUCGUAUCUUCAGCUUCCGCCACUCUUUGACUUUUCCAAUGCAAUCAGGAACACGCCUUCUCACUUCAAGUAUGCAGACGAGUUUCAAAAAAUUUUGAAAACAACAGUCGAAAACAAGACAAAUAUUCGUCUCAAGAGCACGAUUCUCUUGAACUCUAUGUCUAGAGGAUUGGGCAAAACUACGAUGGUGAGAAGCGUAGCUCUCAAUAUGGGCCUCAACCUCAUUGAGCUUGACGCUUUCGACUUCAUAAAGCCAGGUGCUGAAUUGAAGUCUGUCGGGCUUUUGAGUGGACGCAUAGAAAAAUAUCUAAACGGUCAGCUAGAAGCUAAAAAUUCUAGCGCAUUCCACCUUCUUUACAUCAAGCACAUAGAGAAUUUGUGCGUCAAGACUGACCCGAAUGACCAAAGAGCAAACAGUUCGACGUCUCUCUCUUUGCGGGUGGUGAAAACUCUCAAGGAAUUCUUAGACAAGUAUCACAAUAUGGCCCUUAUUGCAAGCUGCAAUGACAUCGACAAGUUGAGCGAGAACUUCACCCAAAUCGUCAAGUUCCAAAUUGAUGUGACGGUUCCUGAUGAGCCGGAAAGACGUGAGAUUUUCAGCUACCUACUUGAAAAAGAAACAAGGACUUACAACAGUGAGCACUUGCCUCAGGCUUAUAAGGACAAGGUUGAAUUUGAAGGUAGACUUGAUGUCUCUGGAUUAAAGUUUUCCAAACGUUCCGAUGUGAGCUUUCAAUCUCUUGCAUUACAGUCUGCUGGCUUGACACCAAGAGAUUUGUCCUCGAUUGUCAGAAAGGCUAAGCAAUUGGCAAUCAGGCGCCUCAUGGGUCAAGCAAAGGAGGAAGGCAUAAGUUUUGCGAAGAUUGUUAAAAUCGCUAACGGAGGUAUCGUUCAGUUGACACCAAAUGAUUUUGACAAAGCUAUCAAUGACGCAAGAAACCAAUUCAGUGACUCCAUUGGUGCGCCACGUAUUCCUAAUGUCAAAUGGGAAGAUAUUGGUGGUAUGGAUACAGUGAAAGGAGAGAUCUUGGAUACAAUCGACAUGCCAUUAAAGCAUCCUGAGCUUUUUAGCAAUGGUCUUAAAAAGAGAAGUGGUAUUCUAUUCUACGGCCCACCUGGAACAGGUAAAACUUUGUUGGCUAAGGCCAUUGCUACGAAUUUUUCGUUGAACUUCUUCAGUGUUAAAGGUCCUGAAUUGUUGAAUAUGUACAUUGGUGAGUCCGAAGCUAAUGUCCGUCGUGUUUUCCAGAAAGCUAGAGAUGCUAAGCCUUGUGUGAUUUUCUUUGAUGAGUUAGAUUCCGUCGCUCCAAAGAGAGGUAACCAAGGUGACUCUGGUGGUGUCAUGGAUAGGAUUGUUUCGCAGCUCUUGGCUGAGCUUGAUGGAAUGAGCGGCGGUGAAAGUAAUGGAGACGGUGUUUUUGUUGUAGGUGCAACCAACAGACCCGAUUUAUUGGACGAGGCUCUAUUAAGACCCGGCAGAUUCGACAAAAUGUUGUACUUGGGUAUUUCCGACACCAAUGACAAGCAAACAAAGAUUCUUGAAGCUUUGACGAGAAAGUUCAAGCUUAGUGACGAGGUUGACUUGGCCAAAAUCGCCGAAAACUGUUCAUUCAACCUUACAGGUGCCGAUUUCUAUGCUUUAUGCAGUGAUUCUAUGUUGAAUGCAAUGACGAGAACAGCCAAUGAAGUGGAUGCAAAGCUCAAAAAGUUUAACGAACAACGCACUAGCGAAGGUAAAGAGGAGGUUUCGAGCAGGUGGUGGUUUGACAACGCCGCCACUCCAGCAGAUAUCAACGUGCUAGUGACAAUGCAAGACUUUGAGAAAUCUCUCAGUGAGUUGGUACCCUCAGUUAGCGCUGAUGAGCUCAACCACUACUUAAGAGUGAAGGAAAACUUCGAGGGAGGCAAAAAGAAAGCGCAAGAAAGCCAAGAGUUGAAUGAGGCUCAGCGUAAACCGGAAGAUUUCCCUCAACAGCUUCUUGAGGAAUUGCGUGCCAAUGGACAAGACAUUGAUGGCUUCGUCGCAGAGAACGGAACUCAUGUCAUGAUGAAUGGCAACGGUCAUCAAUGA